CCAGGGGGCAGAGCGUGUUUAUCCGCCAUCGAUCGAAACACGGAGCGGAAGGCACACGAACAGAUGAGAAAAGUUAAAGGAGUGCCGCCGUUUCGAUACACACUGUGAGGCUUGACGGGGGUUUGCCCCACUUUUUUUUUUUUUUGUACACCGCAACAUGGACGCUUUGAAAUCCGCCGGAAGAGCGAUAAUACGCAGCCCCAGCAUCGCCAAACAGUCGUGGGGAGGCGGCAGACAUAAAAAGCUUCCUGAAAAUUGGACGGACACGAGGGAGACCCUCUUGGAGGGCAUGGUGUUCCAGCUCAAGUACCUGGGGGUCACAAUGGUUGAGCAACCCAAAGGAGAAGAGCUGUCUGCAGCUGCUGUCAAGAGAAUAGUGGCCACAGCCAAAGCCAGUGGGAAAAAACUCCAGAAAGUCACACUAACUGUCUCCCCUCGCGGAAUUAUCCUUUACGACAGUGCCUCCAACCAGCUGAUAGAAAACAUUUCCAUUUACAGAAUUUCUUAUUGUACAGCAGACAAGAUGCAUGACAAAGUGUUUGCCUACAUCGUCCAGAGCCAGCACAACGAGACUCUUGAGUGUCAUGCCUUCCUUUGCACAAAGAGAAAAGUGGCGCAGGCAGUAACCCUAACAGUGGCGCAGGCUUUUAGAGUGGCGUUUGAAUUCUGGCAGGCUGCCAAAGAAGGGAAGGAGAAGAGAGUGAAGUCUGGUUCAGAUGGUGAAGGCGCCAACAGCUCCCAGUCGGACAGCUCUGCAAGCCUUGGCAGCCUGAAGGGAGGAGAGGUAGCCACAACAAAUCUCCUGGAUUUGACGGAAGGGACGGAUGUAGCUUUGGUCCACUCAGGAACAAUAGAAAUGGAAUCAAAUCCCCUUGUGGUGCAUAAAUGUGCAAUGGAGAACAACAAUACAGUAUGGGAACUUGAGGACGGUCUGGAUGAGGCUUUCUCAAGCCGCAGUCUGGAUAGCUUUGAAUCCUGCUCAGACUCGCUGAGUCUCGCACUAACCCCCAGGUCCUGGACAUUGGGGUAAACCCUCAGGAUUUUACCACUGACGAGUGCCUGUCCCCAGGCAAAUGGGACCAAGAGGACAUGGACUUCCCCGCACAAAAAGACUCUCUGGGGUUCUAAAUAAAAGCCUCCUACAAGAUUCUGACCGCGGCGGGGUCUCUGCCCACUACCCUGCAGCCCAUUGAUGUCCUCUGAUUGGUUCGGACCGAUGUCUCUCAGGUGCUUCUGCAUCUACUCAACCAGCAGUUGACAUGAGCAGGCUUCAACAGGCCAAAGCAAUAACAAAUGUUUGUAUAACAAUUUGUUAGUCAGUGUAUCUUUCCUAUUCACAUCUCUUUAUCCACUCACUGUGUAUUUUUUUUUUGGAAUGAAAUGUGUAUUUGAUGUAAACACAGAACUCAUGGCAUAAUUACAACUGAAGUUUAUCAAAAAAAGUCAUGUUGCUAUCAUUGACAAUAGAUUUCAUUGGCGGAUGUCACCAAAGCAUUAUUACUCACCUGUGUUGGACAGAACUAAAGUUACUACCUGUGUAGUACAAAGCUCAUGCCUCUUGGUGGGCAACACAAGCUUUAAGGAAAAGUGUGUGUGUGCAAAAGCUGAACGAGACAAUCUUAUUUUCCCCCCUGCGACCCUACCCCCCAAGUUCAAAAUCUAUUUUUGCACUGUGCAUAUAUCGGUUUUAAAGCACAUAUGUCGGGUAUUUGUAUGCUUCUUUAUUAAUUUACCGUGGAUGAGUUGCUCUGCGUUAUAAACAUGUGGCUGCUUUAUUCCAGAAUAAGUGUAAGGUCCAAAGUACCACUUAAACUGUAACACCCAAACAGGGAAAGGAUUGUCCAACCACUGUUUGAAUAUAGAGCUGCACUGACUGGAAUGUUUCAAUAUCAAGUGUUAUUUUUUUGGUAUGGAUUUUAUUUAUCUCAUUCAAAUCAAAUUAUUUUGUAUGUAUUUUUGUUCCUAGAAAUUACAAUUUAUCAAAUGACUCCUAAUUAUCAUUUGUAUUAGAUGCACAGUUUUUUGUUUAUUUCAGUUCAGCUGAAAAGUUGCAGAAAAUUGAUUUAUAUAUUAUUCUUAUGUUUUCUAGAGACUUGUACAAAAAAAGAGGUCACUCAUUUUCUACAAAAAGUGAAAAAACACUGGUUUAAUCAGAACAAACGAAUCCACUUCACUGUACUUUUAUUCAGAAAUUAUUAAAAAUAGCUGAAGGUCCCAACAUGAUGAACAAGUGAUCUUGUUUAACAAAUAAAAUGUAUGGAAGCAAAGGCAAUUUGUGGGUUUCACUUAGGUUUAAACAGACUGUAUUAUAAAAAAUACCUAACCUGUGAAAAAUGGCUUUAUUCGCAAACAUGCAUGAUAAUAAAGUGCUCCAACACGACAAUAAACGGCACAAGUUUACAUAGGCUACAAUACAUACAAAAAUAGUGCAACCAUAAAAGUGCAAAGACAACAACUGUCAUAACUUGAACAAUAAAAGGGCUUGGUUAGAAAACGGGACUUCUUUGAAAUAUUUUCGGCGUCUUGUUAAAGCGCUUGUGCAUGUGGGAGUUCUUGGCCUGCCACUCGCGAAGGGUCAUUUUGGGCACAGCUCUCCCCAAACGUGCUUGGUAGUUCCUGCAUGUUAGGUCACAUGGAUGCUGCCAUGAUCUUCCGGAAGCAUCAUGGCCGACAUGUGCCAUCAAACUGCGCAAUUCUCCAACAGCAUCUUGGCAAAUACACCAGCAUGUUUGAACAGUACAGUCAUUUACUGGGGGGGGGGGGUCAUGGUUCUUACCUUGAGGAGCACCUGAACCCUCAUGGAUGUGUUUAAAGACUAACUGGACAUAUUUCUCUUUCUCUCGCUUCCAAUCCUCUGCAGUUUUAAAGACAACUGGCCUGCAAAGAAAAUGCACAUCAAUGAUUGCUCUUAGUGUUAGAUUAGUGUUCCUCAAGGUUCCAAUUUAGGUUCUCUGUUUUUCAUUAUUAGGGAUAUCAACUGGUUGCCCGUGAAUUCAGUAAAAAAAAAAAAAGCCUCACAUUUUUGCAUUCUUAAAUCCCAACAGGGUGUCAGGUAAAGUGCCUUGCUCAAGGUUACAAAGGCAGUGACUCGGAUGGCGUAAGCGGAAAUCGAACCUGGACCCAUCGAUUGGCCAGCACAGGUGCUCUACCAACCAAGCCACGCCGCCCGAAGGCAUGUUACAUGUUAAAAUUGUGCUGUUUGGGUUAGGGGGCUGGAAUCAAUUUGAUUUGAAAAUAAAUUUCAAUGGUAGAAAUUGAUUUAAGAUACACGUGUUUUGAGUUUAGAGCUGCGUCACUGAAACCAAUCUCGUAAGUUGAGUAACACAAUAACCGUGCAAUACGUUUUCAUAACAUGGUCACUACUGCCUACUUUGUCUUGUUAUAGUCUUAUUUUACUGUUAUAUUUUUAUUCCCAUUGUUGCUUUUUAGUUUUUAUUCUUAUUGUAAUUUCUCUAUUUUGUUUCCAUUUAAACCCCCAUUAUUUACUUUUAUUUAAAUUGAUCUCAACUCUGUACACUGCUGCUGGAAUUUUAAUUUUCCUGAAGGAACUCUCCUGAAGGAAUCAAUAAAGUACUAUCUAUCUAUGUAA